GAUGAUAGCGGCCAGUCACCAUUAUCAUCCAUAGUUUUUUCGAAAAUACACGCAUAUUGGAAACUUGCAGCCUGUACACAUCAGCCACAACGUUCCAAUUUUAUGGAACCCAUUGUCUGAAGCUUGAAAGGCAUUCAAGUAGAUGGAACGCGGAUGUGAGCCGACGCGACGAAACGGCGACUGGUAUGCGUGGCUAGCGAGCUCGCUUGCUGCUCUGACAGACGCGAAGCUGCUGAUGACAUUAAGGCCAACCGUGUGGUGUAAUCCAUCAUCUGAGGUGGGUGAGGUGCUUCUUGCAUUAUAGGCGAUGGGCCAGGCAAGUAUAGUAUUUUGGCACAUGAAGCUUGAUGAUAGCUCGAAUUUUGAACUGCACUUGCAAAAAUGCACGCCGUCACGCUCGCUAGGGCGCUCAUCCACCCAGCUGACCUCGAGGCGUGGGCCGCCGGCCUGCCGCCGGUGGUCCGGCACUACGACCACUGCGCCGGGCUGGGGGGAGCAGCGGUGGCGGUUGGGGCUGGGGGGACGGUGGAUGGUCCCCCUAGCUGCGCUACCGCCGGUGCGUCAUGCGGCAGCAGCAGUUGCGGCAGCAGCUGCUGCGGCGGCGGCCCCUUCACCUCUGGCAGGGCGCUGGCGCCCGCGGCUGGCCCCACCAGCGGUAGCGGUGCUGCAGGUCCUUACAGCGGCUGCAGCCCGGGUUCCAGCGCCAACAACUGUGGCACCUCGAUCAGCACCAGCACCAGCAGCAGUAGCAGCAAUAGCGGGCUGGUACGGCUAAAGCUGUUCUCGCUGAAUGACUACCUGGGGCUCGCAUCACAUCCGGACGUGGCGGCGGCGGCGGCGCGGUCCGCACUGCGGGUGGGCCUGGGCCCCCGCAGCAGCGCGCUGGUGGCCGGCUACAGCCACAGCCACCGGCAGCUGGAGGCGGGCCUGGCGCAGCUCAAGCGCAAGAACCCGCCCAACCGCCGCGACCCAAGCACGGGCGCCCCACGAUCCGGGCGCCGGCGCCCGCGCGCGCGGCAGCGCUGCUCCAGCCGCGCGCGCGCCCUCGGCGUGCCGGUGCCGGGGUUGGCUUUAGGCAGGCGCGAGUUGCGCUGCCGCGCGCGCAGCGCGGCGCCCGGGAUAGCCGUGAUUCCGCCGCCGCGCCGUUGAUGAUCACUGGCACCACCGCUGGUGGUGCUCUUGCCAUGCACCCGCGAGUGUAUCCGCUGGUGAUACACGUGAACAGUAUUGCUCAUGACAUGGCUCAUGAUAUUGGCACGGCAAACGUUGGAAAAACGCACCGAAACGUUGGAGCCCACGUUUUGUAACUCCGAGGAGGGGUUGCACGCGGCCGGCGGUGGCCCAUUUCAUGCCGCUGCUUUGUUUGCACGGCCUUCACAUGCCUACCAGUGCUGCGGCAGUUUGCUGUUUCGCGUUGGUCGCGAGCUUGUACAGCCGAUGUACGUGCAGUUAGUUGUAACCCGCGGAUCUU